AGGACAAAAACUUAACUUGACCUCACCGCAGUGUGACAAAAACAUUUUUUUGAGUGCAUGUUGACAAUGAGAUGUUCUGGAAUAAGAGGCAAAAUACCCAUGAAUGGUUACCUGAAUAAGCAACUGUUUGCUAACAAGUUAGCGAUGUGGACUUUUAGGUAUGGUAAGGUAAGGUAUUUAAGAUAUGCACUGUUGUAUUCACAAUUUGUUUCAUUCUCUCCUUUCUUAACAAAUACACAUUUCUAUGAGAGUAAUUUAAUAAUAAUUCACAAAACAGCUGUCAAAAAGUCUUUAGGCUUGACAGAAGAACAGAAUCAUAAUCUUUAUAUUAAAUGGAAUAGAAAGAGUCCAUAUUGUUUGUUUGAAGAAACUAUUAACAAAGUACUCAGAAGUACACUGUGUAUUUAGCAGCCUUGUUAUCAGUUUAUGAAAUAGAUGCAAGUUAUUACAUGUUUUUAUAUCUAACAAUAAAACGCACAAGGAAAUAAUCCCCCAAACCUCAAUGUCACAUCCAUGUCUUUUUAUGAAGGAGCAUGAAGCUUAUGACUUUAAGAAUUAUAUGAUGAUGAUGAUGAUGAUGAUGAUAUAAAAUUAUGUAUAUAUAUUUACAUAUAUACAAUCACAACAAAACAAUAGGCAUGUAUAAAUACGUUAGCAAAAUGUAUUACCCAUUAGUAAUGGACUUAAAGGAAAUAUGAAAAGAACCUAUAAAAUGUGUAUUUUAAUCCUGGCAUCCACACCCAAGAAGUUUUAGUGCCAUUGCAAUGACUAUAGCCAAUAAAAUGUUCCCUUGUGUUUGCACAUUAUAAGUAUGCAACAAUAAAAAAGAAAGGAUGGUGGGAGGAUUGAAAGGGUGUUGACGGGAACAUGAUGCAAAACCCAUUUAGAAACAGUGAGGAGAGUUAUAAAAGUGUCCUUGUCUGCACGUGAAGUAUAUAAGAGCUCCUGAAGAUUUGAACAGUCCUCCACAUUAUCACAGUCACGCAGGGAAAAUCAGACAAGGAAGACGUGGAAUCAUUGCUAGGUUUUCAAGAAAGACAAAAAUGAAGUUGAUGUUCAGACUUCCGCUGCAUUUGCUCCUGUACUGUGCAAUCCAGGCAUUGGCGGUCAAGAUCCAGUCUCUGCCAGAGGUCAACAGUGAUGGUGUUAUACAGACAGAGCUAGAGAAGUCUGUGUCUCUGGUUUGUGAGCCUGACAGCAGCUCUGACCCUCAGGGUGAUGAAGAGUUGGUCUGGCUGAGGAACGGUGCUGUCGUCAAUCUGAAAGAAGGAAAUAAGGAGGGUCGCAGCAGCGUGUGUGUUACACCUGUCAUCUAUGACGACAACGGUGCCACGUUCACCUGCCGCCUAGGCAAGAACACCACAGUCAGUGCCUCGGUCACCCUGAAUGUCACAUAUGCUCCUCAAAUCUCUGGGUCAGAUUAUGUUAUGGUAGAAGAAGAGGCAGAGUUACUCCUGCAGUGUGAUAUCUGGGCCAAUCCACCAGUCUCAUCCGUGUCUUGGACACUAAAUGGAAUCAGAGUGGAUCUAGAAGCAGGUGGCUUCACAGUGAGCAAUGAUGGCUUUAAAAGCCGGCUAUCUGCCAACAAAGCAGAGAAACGUUUGCAUGAAGGCACGUAUCAGUGUUCAGCCAGCUCUUCCAUCUAUGGAGUACACACCAAGCUCUUCUACGUCACGUUAACAGAAAAGACCAUAAAGUUUCCACUGAUGCCGAUGAUAGCAGGGUUGGUGGUGGUGUUUCUUACUGCACUGCUUGCUGUUAUUUCUCGGUGGGACAAAAUUACAAAGUGCUGCAAGUAGAUGGGCCCAAAAUAACUUCUCUACUCAACUUCACCAAAUGAGAGAAGCCAUGAGACAUCACUGUUCUGAGAGCCCGAGACAUAGCCCCGGUUUCUAAUUUUAUCAUAUUUGAUUACAUUUUUUAAAUGAAAUAUAUUUAAAUGUAUUUAAAUGGUUUGACAUUUUGAGGAAUGAGAUUUCGAAGACCAGUACACUCUCAUAUCCGUCUGUUAAAAUGUGAAGUUACAAUACAGCCAGCAUCUGCUUAGCUUAGCACAAAGACUGGAUUCAAAGGGAAACAGCUGGCUAACUCUCUUCAAUAAAACAGAUAAGCUCAUUUUUCUAAAAAUGUACUUUAAAAACUAACUUAGCAUGCUAUAAACUGAUUAUGACGGGGGCUAUGUGAAGUUUGCAAUGUGACCUUAAGAUCAUCCUAAAACCUCUUAAUUUUCGUAUGAUGCACCCUGAUCCUGUGAUGCAAAGUGGGUUUUCAGACUCCACCCCUUUUUUUUCUCUUGUUAAUAUCUUUGCAAUAAACAUGCUUUUGUUUCCUCA